AUGAUUCCAGACGGCGCGGGUGGGGAGGAGGGGGGUCCUGAUGCGUUCCGCACGCUGCACAAGAGCUCCAGGAGUCACCAGGAGCUGCACAAGGAACUGCUGCUAGCACACAAGAAGGGCCUGGUGGUGAGCAGCAGGCCGGAGCUGCAGAUGGUGCUGGAGAGGAGGAGGAAGGAGCAGAGCCAGAAGCAGGAGGAGGAGCAGGCCAAGGGACCCCUAGACCACGUCCUGCUGCAGAGACAACAGCGGACACAAGAGAGGGCUCGUGAGGAGGAGGACCGGGUUCGGGAGGAGUCCCACCUCAGUGAGUUUGUGCGGGUCAGACAGAACCUGCGGAAGAUCCACUCAGCACUGCAGAGCAAACACCUGGAGCACGACAGCUGAAACCAUGUCAACCAACACCUGGACCACAACAGCUGAAACCAUGGCAACCAACACCUGGACCACAACAGCU